AUGAGCGGGUGUGUGCAGCAGGGGGACUGUAAUGCACGAUUUGAAGAAUUGCGUAAUUUAUUUCCAUGGACUUCCGGAAAAGAUAAUGGUGGCGAAGAUGAACCAUACAUCACUGUAAGCUUCAAUUCUCUGGAAGCACAUCCAAAUUUACCAAGAGCAGUGAGAUAUUUAAAAAGAGACUCCGGUGUACUGUUGUACCGCUUCCAUAAACUGAUGAAAGACGCAAAUUUUCACAUAAUUUCCUUCGAGGUUGGCGACCGAUUGACUGCACAUUACGCCCUGAAAGGAGUUGACUGUCCUCAGUUCAUAAACUUCUUGCUUCUGUCCGCAAAAGGUGUCUACCAUAUUCGGGACGCUUUUGUCGUUUGCAAUGAGAAAGAAGUGAGCGCUGUGCUUGGUAAAAAGACGUUAUUCCUCUCCACCUUGACGGAUAAAGCAAAGGAUUCAACGGAAAAUGAGGGCGAUAAUUCGAUGAAUCUACAGUUCCAGGAGAAAUACGGCACUAUUGUUGCGCAUGUAUGGUAUAAUGACGGCUACAUGAUUGUUGGAUUUGAAAAAGGAUUUGUCGUGUGCAUUUCUGCUCAUCCAUCAGAGAUGGGGCAGGAGAUCUUCAGCGUAGCAGAGUACAAAACGUAUCUUGCUUCUGUAGCCGCUAGUCAACCUUUCGGGAAGAUCCUUAGUAUUGGAGAUCAUCAGAUCAAAAUCCGCGAGAUGAGGGAACUAAAUGACAUUUUCGUUAUAAUGGAAGUGGACACCGAAAAGGACUUAUCCCAAAUAGAGUGCUCAAUUGACGGCCAGCUUGUGGCAGUAGCAGCUCGAGGCGGUGGAUUGUCAGUUUAUCUGACGAAAAUGCCUUCAAUGGGUGCUGCUUUUGGUGAUACUGUAGCAGUGCUGUCUUCUCUAAAUCAAGUCACAUAUUUGCCUGAAGGAGAUAAGCAGCGCAGUAUCGUCAUAAACAUAGCAAUAGAGCCGUCGUUAAUCGCUGUGGGUCCAUCUCACAUCGCUGUUGCAACGAAUAAUCGUGUGUGGAUGUACGAUGUUCAUCAGCUUGGUUCAAACCAGCCGGUUGCGGAAGGCGAUUACUUAUCGACUGUGAACGAUGUGAAACUUAAUGAUGAAUAUAUCUGUGUAGUGAUGGAAGGAAAAGCCCGGCUUCACAGAAUAAUCAACUCUGAUUCCUAUCCAUCAAUUACGUUUCCGGAACAAUCCAGAAACUCGAAACUCCUUGCAGCUGCCCUUUCAAACCAUUUUCUCAUUUUCAGUACAGAGGCAAGCUACUUGGUGUUUUUCUCAAUUGCUGAAUGGUGUGUGGUUAGUGAAUAUCGUCACACUUCUCCUAUUCGACAAAUCCAUCCGGAUGCGGAUGGGCUUAGGACUGCUAUACUCGAUGAGAGGACUGAUACUUGGAUAUACAGUCCUGUGGAUGACUCAAUGCACAAGUUACCAGCUAUCGGUAGCGCAGUUCAUAUUUCUAGUCACAAAGAAAUACCUAUCGAUCACCCCACGAAUCUGGGGAGGUACGGAUUUCAGUACAAAUCGGCUCUAUGGGAAACGUUCACAAUUGAUCGCGAUACGUUUGUUGUGUACGAUAACACCAGUAUUUACGUAUAUUUGCUGAAUAGAAGUCAGAUAGAGGGUGAAUCUGUUAUUUAUAUCGGUAGCACCAAGUUACCAUUCGCGCACACUCCUUUGAUGUUGAGUAAGGGUAUUGUACAUUGUUUAACGUCUUCUGGAAAGACUAGUAGUGUACUGCUGGAAAGUCAUCGUACUGAUACUGUACUAGAAGGGAAACCUCAAACUGUGAUUCGAGAUCUGUUAAAACAAGCUCUUCUGCUGAAAAGGUGA